UGGCGCCCGUUUGGAGGUUUCCGCCCGGCGCGCAUCUCAAAGGUCUCCGCUGUUGCUUGACACACAAGCAGCCUUUGAGAGAGAGAAAGGGCAGCGCUUUCUCUUUCCUUCCCCUCCCUUCUCAGCCUUACAGACCGAGUCUUCUUUUCCACGGCUGGAGGUACGGUGUGCUGUGUGGUUGUGUGCAUGGAAGCAAAGGCACGCCUUUCCGUGGAGGGGGGACCUGGAAGCCUCGCCCAUAAAACCCAUCCAACCGGGCGGAGAGUUGGCAUCGCUCGCGGGGAAGUUAAUGAGACUCUCGCCUGAGACUUUUCUUGCAGACACCUUCUCCUCCCUUCCCUUAAACCGCGAUGGCCCCGCCGGAGCUGUACCACCGGGAGUUCGCCACCGCGGGACAGAAGCCGGGGCUCCAGAUCUGGAGGAUCGAGAAGUUGGAGCUGGUGCCGGUGCCCGAGCCUUUGCACGGCAACUUCUACGUGGGCGAUGCCUACCUGGCGCUCCACACCGUCAAGAGGAGCAACAGCACCUUCUACAAUCUCCACUACUGGCUGGGAAAAGAGUGCUCUCAGGAUGAAAGUACUGCUGCAGCAAUCUUUACUGUUCAGAUGGAUGAUUACCUUGGUGGGAAACCUGUGCAACAUCGAGAAAUCCAAGGAUAUGAGUCAACACAAUUUGUCGGAUACUUUAAAGGUGGCAUUAAGUAUAAGGCAGGUGGUGUUGCAUCAGGUUUUAAGCAUGUCAUCACAAAUGACCUUAGUGCCCGGAGACUUUUGCACAUCAAAGGCCGGAGAGUGGUUCGAGCCACUGAGGUUCCUCUUAGCUGGGAGAGCUUCAACAAAGGAGACUGCUUCAUUGUAGAUCUUGGAACGAACAUAUACCAGUGGUGUGGCUCUACAUGCAAUAAAUAUGAGCGCUUGAAGGCUACUCAGGUUGCUAUCGGUAUUCGGGACAAUGAACGGAAUGGAAGAGCUCAAUUGAUUGUUGUGGAUGAAGGAAGUGAACCAAAAGACCUCCUGAAGGUUCUAGGACGCAAGCCAGAACUUCCGGAGGGUGAUGACAAUGAUGAUGAAUCUGCUGAUAUCACCAACAGAAGAAUUGCUAAGCUUUACAUGGUGUCAGAUGCAAGCGGUUCCAUGACAGUUACCGUUGUUGCAGAGGAAAAUCCCUUCUCGAGGGCAAUGCUUCUGUCUGAAGAGUGUUUUAUACUGGAUCAUGGCACAGCUCGGAAGAUAUUUGUAUGGAAAGGUAAGAAUGCUAAUCCAGCUGAGAGGAAAGCAGCUAUGAAAUCAGCUGAGGAAUUCAUUCAGCAAAUGAGUUAUCCUGCUAACACCCAGAUUCAAGUGCUUCCAGAAGGAGGUGAAACACCAAUUUUCAAACAGUUCUUUAGAGACUGGAAGGACAAAGAUCAAAGUGAUGGCUUCGGAAAAGUGUACGUCACAGAGAGGGUGGCACGGAUUGAACAGGUUGAAUUUGAUGCUACUAAAUUGCAUGAGUGUCCACGAAUGGCAGCCCAACACAACAUGAUAGACGAUGGCUCUGGGAAAGUGGAGAUCUGGCGAGUUGAAAGCAAUGGCAGAAUCCCUGUAGAACCUGAGAGCUAUGGACAAUUUUAUGGUGGUGAUUGUUACAUCAUAUUGUACACCUAUCCCAAAGGACAGAUAAUCUACACUUGGCAAGGUGCCCAUGCCACUAAAGAUGAGCUGACCACUUCAGCGUUCUUGACUGUCCAGCUUGAUCGAUCACUUCAUGGACAUGCUGUCCAGAUCAGAGUGAGCCAAGGCAAAGAACCUCCACACUUGCUGAGUUUGUUCAAGGAUAAGCCUCUCAUUGUUUACAAGGAUGGGACAUCCAAGAAAGGAGGCCAGGUGCCUCCUCCUCCGACUCGUUUGUUUCAAAUCCGCAGAAACUUAGGAUCCAUCACCAGGAUAGUGGAGGUUGAUGUUGAUGCAACCUCGUUGAAUUCCAAUGAUGUUUUUGUUUUGAAACUGCCAAAUAACUCUGGGUAUGCCUGGGUUGGCAAAGGAGCAAGCAAAGAAGAAGAAAAUGGAGCUCAUUAUGUAGCUGGUGUCCUGAAAUGUCAAACCUCGAGGAUCGAAGAAGGCCAGGAACCAGGGGAAUUUUGGAGUGCCCUUGGUGGAAAGAAAAAUUACCAGACAUCUGCACAAUUACUGUCUGAGUCAGAAGACCAUCCUCCGCGUCUUUACGGCUGUUCCAAUAAGACUGGCAGGUUCAUAAUUGAAGAGGUUCCUGGAGAGUUCACUCAGGAUGAUUUGGCUGAAGAUGAUGUUAUGCUACUAGACACUUGGGAUCAGGUAUUUGUCUGGAUUGGCAAGGAUGCAAAUGAAAUGGAACGCACUGAAUCUGUUAAAUCUGCCAAGCGCUACAUUGAGACUGAUCCUUCUGGUCGAGAUAAAGGGACACCAGUUGUUAUUGUGAAACAAGGCUAUGAACCUCCAACAUUCACAGGCUGGUUUUUGGCCUGGGAUUAUGACAAAUGGCAAAACUGAGAAGCUUCAACAACAGAGCAUAGCCAUUUCCAGCAGCUUUAAACAUGUGCUUGCAAAUCAGUGUAUAUAUCUUGUGGUCCAUGCCCUAGUUGUGUAUGUAUGUCUGUGUGUGUGCAAAUGAAAGAGAGAUAUAUAAUGUGUGUGUUAUAUAUGUAUUUUAUAAACAUAGAUUCAUGUUCACAGCUGUAGCUAGAAAUGCCCUUUCCUCAAAUCCUUGGAUUAUACAGAUGUAUAGCGGAAUCCCUUAUACCGCUAUGCAGUUUCCCCCUACUAUUGUACGUCCCACUUCUCCUAGAUCUAAUGUGAGUUUCAAGUAUGAGAAGCAGCAUAGCUUUCUCUUCUGUCUUAUUAUGUGCUGGAGUGUUCUUCCCUGUUAUGAGUCGCAAUCAGUGAAUCGCCUUAAGUGCAACACAGAAUAAUGUCAUUGAGCAUUUGGGAAAAGCUGGUCUGCUUUCCGAGAAUUUUUCCUGGCUCAUAAUGUUGGUGUAGUCUUUUUAGCUUCUCUUUCAGUUCAGUUAUUGUCAGUAAGUAUCUGCAAUUUUCAUUUAUUUUUUUUAGUUAAAGUCCCAGAUAGUAAUCACAGCUCAUCUUCCACAAGAUGAUGUUUACAGGCUCCAGAGAGCUAUACAGUUACCUACUAGCACUGGCUCAGGGAAGUUCUCAAAUCCUAGGAGACUGAGACUUCCAUUGGCUGUAGCCUGGAUGGUGAGUAAUCAUGGGGGUUGCAGUUCAAUAUAUGAAGGGCUAUUUGUUUCUCAGUCCUGCUCUGGGUUACCCUACUAGCCUGUGUGAUUGGUAAGAGCCCUAGCAGAAAAAGGUUUAGUCUUUCUACCAUGGUUCAAAAUGAAGAUCUGUGCUCUUGUUGCUGAAUCUAUAUAUUUUGCUUCUCUGCCAAAACUGUUAUUCAUCAUCUUACUGCUUUGGGUGCACAAUAUGCAGGUGAUUAGUGAUUUAGAAAUGAUAUGAAAAUCAUUUUUGGGUCAAAGAUAUCACCCACGCAUGAGAAUCUCCAUCUCUUCCACACAUUUUUCUAGAUCACAAAUUCCAGACUGUAGUAUGGUAGGAAUAGGAGUGAAAGAUGCUUGCUGAACUGGGAAUGAAUGUAAGAAGCAGUUUAUAAAGCAGUAUGCAAUUUUUUUUCCCAAGCAGUUUGCAUUACAUGAAAUGGAAGAUGUGGUAAGUGCAUUUCACAGUCUGAACUACUAAUGAGAAUAGAUGUAGAUUAUUAUUUGGAUACAUCUUUGGAUGUGUUUCCAAAUUCAUGGUCUGCCUUUGUGUGUUUCCUAAUCCAGCAUGGAAACCACAUGGGGAAGCUUGUUUCUUCAUGCAGUUGUUCUGGCAGGAGCUUGUUGCUCACAUGUUUAGCUUAGUUGGACUUUUAUAUACAACAUUACUUAUAUUUUCAAUAUAUCUAAGAAGCCAAAAAGUGACAUUAACUGUAAAGUUUCUACAGGGACAAUAAUGGAAGCUUACUUUUUAUAAUAAAUUAAAGAAAAGAUGUAUGUAUCUUCUGCCAAUUAAUAAAUGCUUUCUAAGUCUCAACAAA